AUGGCUGCAUUAAAGAACACCAAGAAUUUAAGGGUAUUUAAAAUCUUAGCUACAAGAUACUCCCCACAAGUUAAAUCAACAAGAAAUUUAAAUCUUCAAGAGUAUCAUAGUAAAGAUUUAUUAAAAAAAUAUCAUGUGUCUAUUCAGAACUUUCGGCUAAUAGACUCUAGUCUGGAUCCUAAACCAUUGUCAGAUUUUAAAGCCAAUGAAUAUGUUGUUAAAGCACAAAUUUUAGCUGGUGGCCGUGGUAAAGGACAUUUUGAUAAUGGGUUCAAAGGUGGAGUUCACUUUACUAAAGACCCACUACAAAUUAUUUCUUUAGCAAAACAUAUGAUUGGUCAUAAGUUAAUUACAAAACAAACUCCAAAGGAAGGUAUUUUGGUUGAUAAAGUAAUGGUUGCUGAAAGUGUUAACAUUAAACGGGAAACCUAUCUGAGUAUUGUCAUGGAAAGAAGUUAUAAUGGAGCAGCAUUAGUGGCUUCACCAGCUGGUGGUAUGGAUAUAGAGGCUGUAGCAGAAGAAACCCCUCAUUUAUUAAAAACAAUACCAGUAGAUAUUUAUGAAGGUGUAACAGAUGCAAUGGCAAAAGAGUUAGCAGAGUUUAUGGAAUUCAAAGGAGUAAUGGUUAAUAAGUGUGCAGAAGAAAUCAAGAAACUGUGGCAGCUUUUCCUUAAGGUAGAUGCAACACAAUUGGAAAUUAAUCCUUUAGUAGAAACUGAUGAUGGUCGGGUUGUUGCAGUUGAUGCUAAAAUUAACUUUGAUGAUAAUGCACAAUUUAGACAAAAAGAUAUAUUUGCCCUUGAUGAUGUAUCUGGAGUGGACCCUAGAGAAGUAGAAGCAACAUCAUUAAAUUUGACAUAUAUUGAUAUGGAUGGAAGUAUAGGCUGCAUGGUCAAUGGAGCUGGUUUAGCAAUGGCUACAAUGGACCUUAUCACGUUAAGUGGUGGAAAACCAGCUAAUUUCUUGGACCUUGGAGGAGGAGUAGGUCAAUCGCAAGUGUCCGCUGCAUUAAGAAUAUUGGAGUCUGACCCUAAAGUGAAGGCUAUAUUUGUCAAUGUUUUUGCUGGUAUCGUAAAUUGUGCAACGGUUGCAAGUGGUAUUGUGGCAGCGUGCAAGCAAAGUCCUCCAAAACACCCGCUUAUUAUUAGAUUGGAGGGUACAAACGCAGCUCAGGCAAAGACAAUUCUAGAGCAAUCGGGACUCAAUAUCAACAUGGUAAAUGACGCCGAUGAAGCAGCGAAGUUAGCUGUCAAAUUAGCAAAUGAACAAAAAUAA